AUGGCAGGCAUCACAACCCUCCCAGAACCCAUCACAAUGUCGAAAGAGAUGACCGUCCACACGGAAGGCAUCCACGUCGAGAAGGUCUCGGAGCACGAACAACUCGUUGCGAGACUGAACAGUCUCGACCCUCCAGUGACGCCAGAAGAAGUCAAACGGGUGAAGAGGAAAAUCGACCUGCGUCUCCCACCAUUUCUUAUGGUCCUGUAUAUCUUCACAUGGCUUGACCGUGGAGCCUUGGGCAAUGCCGCUCUAAUGAACAUCAAAACCGACCUCAACCUCUCUGGAGCUCAAUACAGCCUCGCCGUCAGCAUGUUCUUCGUUGGCACUUGCGUGGCCGACGUAUUUACCAAUGUUGGAAUGCGCUACAUUCGUCCAAGUCUCUAUCUCUCGGGAGCCAUGAUCGUCUGGGGUAUCGUGGCUACACUCCAAGCGGUCGCUGGUGGAGCGUCAGGCCUGUAUGCCAUCCGAUUCUUUCUGGGCAUCUUUGAGGCUGUCUUCAUUUCCGGUGCCCCAUACUUGACAACAGUGAUGUAUCCGCGAGCAGAAUGGGGCAAGCGUAUUUGCAUCUAUCUCUCUGCAACACCCAUCGCCGGUGCCUUUGGCGGCUGGAUCGCAUGGGGCGUCGCUCACAUCUCCAGCCAGCGCAUCGAAAAUUGGCAGGUCCUCUUCAUCCUGGAAGGACUACUGACCGUCGCUUUCGGGAUUUUGUGCCUCUGGGUCCUGCCCGACCGACCACACAACACUCGCUGGCUCAGCCCGCGCGAACGAGACGUGGCGGACUGGAGAAUGAUGAACGAUGGAAACCGCACGCACGGUAAGGUGCACUGGAGUGUCGUAGCAAAACAGCUCCAGGACUGGCGCAUGUGGAUGAACAUCGCCAUCUACAUGUGCCAGGUUAUUUCGACGUACACAAUCGCCACGUUCACGCCCAUUAUCGUCAACACCAUGGGAUUCGACAAGGUCAAGGCGCAGCUGAUGGUGGCGCCGCCGUACUGCGUCGCCUUCGUCAUGACCUUCGUCGUGGGCUACCUGUCCGACCGGCUGCGAUCCUGCUCAGGCCUUCUGGUGAUCAACUCGCUUGUUGCCGCCGCGGGCGACCUGAUGCUCGUGCUCCUGCCGUCGCGGUACAACCACGCCCGUUACGGCGCCACCUUCCUGACCAUCACGGGCAUCCUGUCCGGCAUCACCCUUUCCGUCGGCAACAUCACGGGCAACUGCUGCGGCGACAUCAAAAAGGCCAUCGCCGCCGGUCUCUUCCAGGCCUUCGGCUCCACCAUGGGCGUCGCCACCGGGUACCUAUUCCCGGCAAAGGACGGGCCCGAAUACAAGACCGGGUUUUGGGUCCUGUUCGCCUGCACCUGCUUCACGGGCGUGGGCUCGGCCAUCGUGACAUUCGUUAACGUCCGAGAAAACAGAAGACGGGACGCACUGACUGGGCCGCCGCCGACAGAUCGCGUCAUUGACUUUGACGAGGACGGGUUGAUGGAGAAACAUCCCCAUUGGAGGUAUUAUAAGUGA